UGGGCCUGAGGCCUUGCCUCGGGCCUCGUCGUCAGUUGUGAGGCGCGGCCCGAAGAUGAACGCUCCUCCCGCCUUCGAGUCCUUCCUGCUCUUCGAGGGAGAGAAAAAGAUCACCAUCAACAAAGACACGAAGGUGCCGAACGCCUGCCUCUUCACCAUCAACAAGGAAGACCACACCCUGGGGAACAUCAUCAAAUCGCAGCUGCUCAAAGACCCGCAGGUGCUUUUCGCCGGCUACAAGGUUCCCCACCCGCUGGAGCACAAGAUCAUCAUCCGGGUCCAGACCACCCCCGACUACAGCCCCCAGGAGGCCUUCACCAACGCCAUCACGGACCUCAUCAGCGAGCUGUCCCUGCUGGAGGAGCGCUUUCGGGUCGCCAUCAAAGACAAGCAGGAAGGCAUUGAAUGAGGGCCCCACCUCCCCUCGGUGUACACAGCGCGCCCUCAUCCAUGAGGGCGCGGGCUCUUCAAUAAACGGACUUUAAUAAAAGCGAAA